UUAUUAUUUUCAUAAAAAUAACGAACGUAGAUUGACGCAGGACGGUGCGCGGAUGUCUCGAGUGCAAUAAUAAAACAAUCGCCAACGUGCCACAACUAGUGAAAUUGCAUUAGACAAGGAAAAUCGAAAAAUAAACAAAGAAAACGCAGUUAAUAGCGACGAACGGGCAAAUAUUUUCACACACACACCACGUAACGUAACACAUGUGCGUGCGUGUAUGCGUGAGUGCGAGCGAGAGAGCGCGAGUGUCAAAAUGACAGCAGUGGCAACUAAAACAACAACAAUAGCAGCAGCAAAAACCAAAUCAAAAACAACAAAAACAGCGUAGGCAGCCAGCUGUGCGAGGUCGCUUGACCCUCCCCCUUGAAAAUUUAACAAACCAAUAUAAAAGUUGACAAAAUUUUUGGUUCACUGACAAGGAUCAAAAGUUGUUGUAACAUUAAAACCUCUCACUCAAAUCAAACACACCGAGCGUGUUAUGAACAUACUAAAACCAGCCAAGCUCAAGUGCAUCGUGUUUAACCAACUGCGUCACACUUGGACGUUUCUUUUGUUUGUGUGUGAUUUGCUGUUGAAGGUUUACGAAAAGGCUCAUCCAUCUGACCACCAAGAGUUGGCCAAUUACAUUAAUAAUAACAACAACAACGAUCUAAUAAUGGAACAGGACAUGCCGGAAGAGGAUGUGGCUCAUCCGGAGGAGGAGCCCCAGCAGCAGCAGCAGCAGCCGCAUAAUCGGGAGGAUUUUUUGGCCGGUUACGAGGUAAUUCAGGGUCCCGGAGAGCCCAUGGACGCAGCCAGCGAUUUGGACGAGGAGGAAGAGGAGGACGACGACGAUGACGAUGACGUGGAUGUGGAUUAUGGCGAUACCGAUUCGGAGUCGGAUUUCGAACUGUACUCCGAUGAGUCUACUAGUUCUAGUGAUGAACUAGAGAAUAGCAAGGAGCUGUCGAAGAGUGUGUUUGAUGUCUUCCUUUCGCCGGAGCAGCAGCAGAAGUUAAGGGAAAGCUAUGCUCGACCGCUGUACACCUUCCGACCGUUGCAAUUGGUAAAGUGCCAGUACCGGGAAAAACACCUCCCCGGCGGAUUUCCGUUGGCGCGCAGUGGCCACCGCAUAAUCGCCUCCAAUUCCCACCUGUACUCGUUGGGUGGCUAUAAUCCGAGGAGCGCCCUGGCUGCCUCGCGUCGUGGACACUGUCUGCUUUUCCAGGAGCUGUGGAGCUACAACUUUGCCACGAGGACCUGGAGACUGGAGCUGAACGCGGACAAUGCCAGCAACAUGCCCGUGGAGCUGGCCUCCAAUGCGUUGACCAUUCACAAUAACGUGUUGAUUAGUCAUGGUGGCACGGGCUAUCCCUUCGGAGAGUCCUGCUCCAACGACUGCUACGUUUACCGCACGGCCAGCGCUGGCGCGACACCGGGUGUGGAGCGACUAAAGGUGACUGGCGAUCUGCCGACGGCUCAGUACGGACCGGGCAUAGUGAUCCACAAGCACUUCCUGUACACAAUCGGCGGCACGACGGGCUUUGACUACACCUGUGAUGUGUAUCGCUUGGAUUUGCGCACCCGGACCUGGGAGAAUGUGUAUAUAAGCCGUCCGGAGAUGCGCGACGAUCCGGAGGGUCGCUAUCGCCACGAGGUCGUCUACGAUGGCAAGCACAUCUUCGUGCUGGGCGGCGGCACAUCGCACUCGGUCUACGAUCUGCAACGCAUUCCGGCCUACAACUUGGAAGCGAACUGCUGGGACUAUUUCGAUACCUAUCCCGAUCGCAAUACCGCGGACUUGGAAGACGGCAACAGAGGCUAUCCGAAGCCGCGCAAGUGCUUCUCCUGUGUGCAACAUCAGUCCUCCAACGGAGACAUCGAGGCCUUUAUUACGGGCGGGCUGCAGGGCGAUGUCUCAACGUAUUUUUCGGACAUUUGGAAGCUUAAUCUUCGCACCAAGCAGUGGUUCCACAUCAAGACCGCCACCCUGCCCCGCCCACUGUACUUCCAUUCGGCGGCCCACUCGGAUAACGGAUGCAUGUACGUGUUCGGAGGCAUCGAGUACAAUGAAAAGCAGAUGCGCCGUCGCAACGACCUGUACAAGAUGUGGAUGACGGUGCCCAAGCUGAGCGAGAUGUGUUGGGACGCCAUCACCUACUACAACGACAAUUUGGACGUGUACGACCGAAAGACGCUAUUGGGAGCUGGGAUACCAAAACGCUUCGCAGAACGCGUGCGAACGUUUGACCUAAACAAGCCGGACCCGUCCAUGAUUUUCUCGCUUUACUCCAAUCCAAAACGUGCCCGCUCCACCACACAAUAGGCAGUCCGAACCCCUGAAAAAAUAAAGCGAAUCCGCGGAUGGGAGCGGUGACUCCUCGUCCCGGUAAAGUUUUAGUUGCAGAACUUUACGUUACUAUUGUUUAAAAGUUUUGUUUCACAUUGAGCGCGCGCUGUGAUCGAAUCGAAGGACAUUUAUAGUUGUACACAUAUGUAUUUUGAUACUCGAAAGGAGGAGAAAGGAGAGGCGGACAUGUUUAGCAUGUAAAUAAGAUUGUAAUUAAGUUUAGCUAGCGGAACAACAGCCAGAGACAGGCCAUGCGUAUCUAUUCUAAACUUCAGCUAACAGAUCAGCCAGCGCACCCAAGCCAGAGUAUCCAAAUCCAGCAGCAGUAGAGCCCCACACACAGUAUCUCACCAGGUCCCCCUCGAACUUACUCGCUAUUUAACACGGCCCUAAUAUAUUGUUCACCCCUCUUUAAACCUAAACCCCACACCCCAACCCACUUUGCACACAAUCGAACCAAUAUUGAAGGCUACACCAAACAAUGUCAUAUAGAGGGGGCAACCCCGAUGUAUUUUUGUCAAAGUGUACAUAAUUCUUAGCGGUAGUAAUAUUUAAUUAAAAUAAGACUCCAUCAUUAUUGCGAUAUCAUGUACCAAUGCAGUGCGUAAGGUACUGCCCGCCCCCCGCGGCGAACGUCGGUUUGCUCGGUUUAUAUAUUACCCAAGACUAAAUUUGGUUGAAUCUAAGUUAAUAAAUACAUUUUUAAUGCGA